CGGUCGUCAACAAGAUGGCUGCCCUAAAGCCUUAUAUUGGACUUAAAGGCAUAAAGUUUACUAGGAUCAUCGGAGUAGAGUUUUUGGAUAAGCGUUACACGCACAGUGAUGUGGUGAAAAGUCAGUAUGACAACUUGGCCGCCUACAGAAGAGGGAAGGGUGGCAGAGCUUCUUUCAGUGGUGUUGUUGCUACAGUUUUUGGCUGCACUGGCUAUCUAGGCCGUUAUAUUGUUAACAGAUUAGGCAAAGUUGGAACUCAAGUAAUCUGUCCCUACAGGUGUGAUCCGUACUACUUGAAGGAUUUGAAAAUUGGAGGAGAGCUUGGCCAAAUUUUGUUUCUACCAUUUCAUUUGAAAGAUGAGGAGUCGAUGAGGAAAGCCAUGAAGUACUCAAAUGUGGUCAUCAACUUGGUUGGCAGAGAUUGGGAAACAAAAAAUUUCUCCUUUGAGGAUGUCCACAUUGACGGUGCCCGUAGACUUGCACGCAUUGCAAGAGAAUCAGGUGUAGAGAGGUUCAUCCAUGUUUCUCACCUACUGGCCCAGCCCAACCCUCCAACCAUCUACCAGAAGAAACCCUCCAAAUUUCUCAGUUCAAAAUAUGAAGGAGAGUUAGUAGUCAAGGAUGAAUUUCCAGAUGCAACCAUUUUCAGACCAGCUGACAUUUUUGGUGCAGAGGAUAGGUUUCUGAGAUAUUAUGCCAAUGGAUGGCGUAGAGCAAGAGGGGCCAUGCCCUUGUGGAAAGGAGGAGAGCAGACUAUUAAGAGACCUGUUUAUUUUGGAGACAUAGCAGAAGGAAUUGUGUCGGCUGCUCUUGACUGUUCAACUGCAGGCAAAACAUACGAUUGUGUCGGACCACAUAGUUACAAGUUGAGUGAGCUGAUUGACUACUUCUACAGAUGCAUGAGAUUCGAGAAUUUUAAAAGGAUCUACUUGUCACCACUUUUCUUGAUGAAAGUUAAAAUGAUGAAUUACGCUCCAUCUAAUCCCAUCCUCAAUGUUGACAAAUUGGAAAGGGAGCAUAUAAGUGACGAGUUACAUGAUCAACUGACUUUGGAAGACCUUGGUGUCAAAUUAACUCCACUGGAAUCAAAAACCAUAUACGAACUGAAGCCCUACAGGAGUCAUUCAUAUUACGAGGAAAGUGUCGGGGAAUAUCCAGAUCCCGCCCCACCUCAACAAUAUGUCUUCUGAACGAAUGAAUGAUUAUGCUAAUUUCAAUUGAGGAAGAAGCAUUUAUUUAAUGCCAAUUUGUAAUUAAUGAUGUCAGAUGAUGUUUACAUGUAAAUCAAUAUCUACCUUAGAUAACAUUAAUGAUAGGGAAAUGUGAACACUGUUUAAAUUUUGAGAUGGUGGUUUAAAAUAAUUUAGAAUAAAAGAAAU